AUGUUUAAAGUUGCAAGCCGCAAAUCUUUUACUUUCAGGCCAUUCACCCGUCCUUGGGUGAUCCGAAACUCUUCCAGCGCCUCUAAUGCGCCAGAGUCUGCGCCGGAGCAUGCGGUGGACCAAGAUUCCUCCGGUGACGUGCAACGCACCAAGAAAACCCGCAAGAACUACAUUUCUACCUUCCCACGCGUGCCUAGCACUAACAACAUCCGCGAGAAAGAUCUGUUGCUCGAGCAGUUCUUCAACGGACACCUUCCACUUACGAAACCUAUAGAGCACAACCACCCAGCCACGCCUUCCUUGUCAUUUUCCCCGAACGCAUAUAAGAGGUCCAAGGUUCAAAACUCAUCGAUCCUGGAUAACCUCAAGAAGUACAAAGACAUGAAACGCAAGAAGCUGGAUGAUAACUAUCACCCAUUUUAUAGUGCUCAUAAAAAGAGUCAGUCAGCAGGGAUUUUGACCCACAGCUCUCUGGACACUCAAGAACACAACCUGGAGAUGCUAAAUUUACCCACGAGCUACUUACAGUCGCUCAAGCCAUUCAAGGCUCCGCCAAGUCCGGGGAAUGAGGCUUACAGAGACGAUAUUAUUUAUGUCCGAAAGCUCGAAAUAGAGGAGCGCAACCUCAAGCAGCAGGAGGAGAUCAAUAGACGAGUCCAGGAAAACUUCGAGCUGGCCAAACGCGGUCUCAAGCAGUUAGACAAGGGCGACAUUGGCGAAUUUUUGGAUGCCAUAAAACUUUUAUUCACCAUUCCGUCCAAACGUAAGAAAUCCACACGGACGUUGGUUCCCAAUACGGGACACGACGAACCCGAAUCGCCAGGUGCUGGGCCACAGUCUUCUGAUGACGAUGAAUACGAUGAUUUCUUCGAGGAAGAAUACACGUUCGAUUUUGAUUUUUCUCACCAAGUGGUGAACUUCGACCCGGUGAAGGUACACUCUGCUUUAUUCAAGCUUUUGCGGAUCCAGAACCCCAAGAGAUCCUCGAAAUAUGAUCAUUGGCUUCUUUUUGCUUCGCUAGCAGGUUUUUGCGAUGUGUAUACUCAGCCCUCCGACAUGGACUACGAUUACCAACACGUCCUAUCUCUCAAACGAAUUGCCGACGCAGUGAUCGCGCUGAACUAUAACACACACUCCCGCUCCGAGACCCCUCGCUUUGAUCUUGCCUUUGCGUUGGCCAAUAUAGUUGAAAAAAUAACGGUCUUAUUGAAUUGCUCGGACUAUCAGAGACUCGCCAAAGUCAACAACGACGAUACUCACUGGGAGGAGAAUUUACAUCUCUGGACGCCGCACAAGACACUAUCUGGUAUAACGAGCCUUGCGGAUGGGUUCCAUGACUUGAAACUGCUCUACAACAUCGCCACGGUAGCGGUGUACUGCAUAUAUCUCCUCUACAAAAAGGACGGCUACAGGUCAGCAAACGGUCCGUAUAACCCGUUCGCCGACUUCUUCUUCCAGCUCUGGGAGAACAUUACACAGGUUAUCAUAUACGGUCUGGAGAUCGAUCGCAGAGACGAGAAACUCAAUUUUCCAGGAUAUCCGCCGAUUGUGCGACAAGUGAUCAAAGGAUGUGCUGCUUUGAGGUCAAUCACGGCUGCCGCAAUAACAGCGGAGGACGAUCGGUGCGAGCACGAUCUGCAACACAGCUCGCUGUUCACGUUCAUGCGACCUCUUGGCCGUCGUGCAAUUACUGGGUCGUUGGCAAAACAGAACGAGAUCCACACCUUGCCGGCGCGCGUUGGUAGCAUUGACUUCGAGAAUUUACCGCUGAAACUGAUUCUGAAUGAUAGAUACGACGAGGACGUUAUGUACAUGUUUGAACUGGGUCUGGCGAGAGACGUGAAGGACGAUCCAUAUCUUGCACACCAUCCUGAUAACGACUCUGACUUUGACAUCGACUGCGAGUUUCAUCCAAGCUGCCCCUGCGACGUGGACAGGAGAAGACAGCAGCAGGACAUCAUACAGUCCCUGGGUGACCCGAUCAAGGGCACGCAGAGAGAGAAAGAUCCAUUGUUGCCAGAUAACAUUCUCCAACCUCAUUACUCGCCGAUUCCGCUUCAGUUCGAUGAGCUAGGAAACGACCUCCGAGAAAUACCCCGGGGACCAAAUACACAGCUGACCGACGAGUUCGUUGAACUCUUGCACAGGUCCCAAGAGGACGUGGACAUAUUUUUCACCUCUCCGGACGAAUUGCUCGACCACCUCGAUUAUGUGUUUGACGACACAGACCGCGUUUGUCCUUGCGAAAAAGUGGUGCGCAGUGUUGCUUGGAUUGUCAUGUACGAAUAUGAGGCAAGCUUGAUGACGGAAGAUGAGUUGCUACAGAAAGAAAAUGACCCCGCCAUUUCAACUGAGGAGUUAAUCAACGUUGUCUGCGACUCAGUCAAUUACAAGGUUCUGGUAAAACGAAACCCAAAUCUUUAUUUUGCCAUGAUGGACGAGCUUCUGAUGACCCCUGGCGCAAGAUUGAAACUUCUACGUCAUCUUUGCAUGCAACAGUAUCAUCACUGGCAGGUCACCUAUCUUCACGACUUACUUAUCGGAGAGCGUGGAAAAAAACAAAAUGAUAAGAAUUCUCCUUUGGGACGAACCGAGUACCCAUUCAGUCGAAAAGGGCCCUUGAUCUUGACCGAUUACGAAAAGAGUGUUGUCGUCGACACCUUUUUGUCAAAUCAAUUCGAUCAGUUGAAACAGGUGGGCGACGACAAGGAUUCAUAUGAGAUUCCCUUGAAAGUCAUCUGCAUAAUGCUCAAGUCACUCAAAGUCAAGGGGGUUUGUGUGCGCAAUAUUCAGAAAUUCAGAAUCGAGCUCCAGAGUUGGCUGAUUCAAUCCGGAGGACUGGGAAAGUUUCCUGAAGCACGCGAGCUGUUCUUCGACAGUCAAAAUGAAACUCUAGUUGUCGAAGAGGAACCAAAACGGUUGAACACAGAUUUGCAUCGCAUUUCCGAAGUGGAGCAGGACGGCCCCAAGUUGGGUGCGCUGCUUCUGUUGAAACUUUUCAAAGAUGAAGGCACCGUUUUGCUGGAUCUACUCUUGAACUUCGGCCAGUACUAUCCAAAGAAACGUCCUGAAAUUCUAUUUUUCCUUAGCGACUUGGACAAGUUGGAAGACACAUUUACCAGCCAGAUGCAAUUGGUUACUAUAUCCGAUUAUGUGUUCAUGUAUAUCUGGCGCGCGCUUCAGUGUCAGGACGCCAAUGCAAUUAGGAACAUGCUGCUUUGGACAAGGUUAAUCGACGAGAAUUAUGACUGCCUGCCGAAAAUCCAAGACUUCAUCAACCACAAGUUCGAAAAUGCUCCCGAUAGAUUAAUUAAGUGA